AUGAAAUUCUUUUCCCAGAUUCUUCACUUCACCCGUCUCCGUGUUCCAAACCUCGGAAACAUGCCACUGGAAGACUUGAAAGCAUUGAAUUGUGAGAUUGCCAAGUUGGGUCGUCAUCAGUUCAAUGAAAUCGAUUUGAAUGAGUUUCUCCAUCACUGGAUUAAGGGAAAUAAUAGAAAAUUGAGACGUCUGCAGCUUAAUGGAUUCAAGUAUGCUCCAGAAUGGGAUUUCUUAUUAUUGCUCCAGAAUGGGAUUUCUUAUUAA